CAUAACACUUUGGUAUCGUUUGAAAACACGGUUUUAAGGAGGUCGUCAUAUUUACUAUGCUCAUGCGGUGGUUGAUUCAGUCACGGUAUGACGAAAGGGUCCUCCAGGUGUAAAAGUCUACUGUACUGUGUGACGGAAAAUUCGAGAUAACCUCGUGAUCAACAGUGAGCUAUGUUUGCGUCUGUGCAUGCGAUGGAAUUAUUAAGAACAAACAAGUGGAAUCGUCUUUCACGGAAUUUCUUGUCCUCGCGAAACUUACUUCGAUCAAACAGCCAUCAUAACGUCAACGAAGCAUUUAGUCUCAAUCUUGAAGGUAUUUUGCGUACGAUCAGCAGUUGCAUAAGUUCCGCCGAUGUAAAAACAGCUGGGUUAAAAUGAACUCCUGAUCACUUAGACUUGACGCAUAAAGUUAAUCAUUCUUUAUGUGGGAGCCCGAGACCUGUAGACUUCUCUAAUCAAUUCGCCGGUAACAAAACGAAAAAGGGCCUGGGACUGAAACUGCGAUCGCAAAGCAUGCAUGGAUUGUUUGGCUGGACAGAAAUCAAAAUGGCGUCCAUUGCGAAUGAUAGUAAGCUCUCAGAAACUAAAGAAGAAGGCUUUAUUUUAACUGAAGACGAUAUACCUGGGGCUGUUUUGCAAAACAGAAAUGUAGAGGCAUGCAGUGUGGUACAGCUAAAGCGCUGGCUGAUUUGUAGGGGAGCGAAAACAAGUGGUAAAAAGUCAGCUUUAGUCAGCAGGCUAAAACACUAUGUAGAAAAUGGCCUUGACAAGAAAUAUCUUAGAGACCCCGACAACGGCGCUAAUAUUAUGAAGAAAAAAGCAGAUCUUGGUUUGCUUGAUAAGAGAGAGCCUCAAACAAAUGGAAAAUUUCCAAAAGAAGGUUUCAACUCUGAUCUCAAUGCUCUCCCUAAAGUGUCAUUUGGAACCAUCUGGCGUUACAUGAUCGACUCAGUUGACUCAAAAAAAGCGUGAAACACUGGCGCGUUCCAGAAAUGUUUUCGAGCAAUUGUGUAAUAAGUAAUUAAAUCUGCCUACAUCAGAGCAGCAUUUGAUUGAAUCAUUAAAAUCUUUUUAAGUGUCUUUCCUACGGUUUGAUUACGUAUUGUUGUAUUCCAGUACUUUGAAAUAUCCAGGAUCAUUUUACAACGACUCAUUGCGAGUAGCAUUACACCUAAGUGAAAUGACCUAUUUGGUUGCUUGCAAAAGGACUCAGUUUUAUAAACCGAGCUACGACGUUGGCGAACUGGUUAUUGAC